AUGUUUCACCUACUCAUUUAUACACAAGAACACCCCAGCCAUGUUAACAGCCUUCUGACCCUGUUCGAAAAUGUGUAUGAUCGACAUGGAAAUAAAAUAUCGAAGCAUACAGAACAAAACCCUGAGGGAGAGAAAAAGGAUGACACGAACGAUAACAAGGACAUUUUGAACAAAGUGAGUGACGAAAGGGUACCCAUCAAGCAGAAACUGCCUCAAGACGGGGGAGGGGGCCCGAAGGUGCAGCAUUAUACGUCCUCCUUUUUGCAGCUAUACAUAAAUGACCAAAAGAAUUUCGAUUUGUACUUAAUAGAAGACGACGAGGAGGAUGACGAAGGGGGAGGCGGAGAAACACCCGUAGCAGCAUCGGGGAAGACGGUUGAAACCCCGUCCGAUGUCCCUACCCAGAAGAAGGAAAACUGCGCAGCGGAAAAUGAAGACAUAGGAAGGAAUCAAACGAGUACAAAAAAGGGGGGAGACAAAAGGGAAAGAGGAAGUUCAGUGAAAAGGCCAAAGGAAGCAAUGAACCAGAAGGAUACUCUACCUCAUGACGAUGAUAAAGGAAGGAGAGUGAACUUACCCCUGCAUCGGUCACACAUGCUAUUCAUUCUGUCCCUACCAACACACGUCCCUUUCGACCACCUCUACCACUUGAUCAAUGCUUACACCGACUUCAUCGAGCACAUAAAGGUCUUUCACCUGCACGGUAAUAUGUCCUUCUUGCAUGAGGAGGAAGAAUGUCCCACGGGGGGGGGAGAAGAUAAAGUGGUUAGCCAUGAGGAGGAGUCUAGACCGAGUUCCUGCCCCAAUCGCAUGAACGAAGCUAAACGUCGUGUGGGCACCGCCGAAGACCCCCCCAUUGGUGAAAGCUCACAAGGAAGGGAAGCAGACGAAUGCAGCGGAUGUAAUGAACAAAAUCAACGUGGAGAGUGUGCAAGUACAUUUGAAGUGGAACGAGAAGCCAUGUACCAAAGCAUGCUCAGCGUGGUAAAGAGGAGAUUAAAAAAAAAAAAAAAAAUUAAAAGUUACUCUGUUCUUAUCUGUUUCAAAACACAAAUUUACGCUGACAUGUUCUACAGUGAGUACCAGUGUACAAGUUUGAAUCACUUGGUGGAGGGUCGUCAGGGAGAGUGGCGUGACUUGGUCGACACAGCGGGAGGGGAGAAGGACUAUCCUGAUUGGUAUAUCUACUGCGCGUUCGUCAGUCUAGUGUACUACAUUGUGGAUGGGGAAGUGGAUGGCCAAGUGGAUGAGCCGCUUCUGCGAAGCGAGGGGGAAAACGCUACGCAGCAGGAGAGGAACGGCUCGAGCGAGACACACACACACGGAAGAACGCAUGACGUCCCUCCCAGCAACAAUAACCCAUUCGAUAUAAAUCACUUUAAGACUUUUCACAAGAGCAUCAUCACAGAUGGAAACACAUGCACAUCCUUUUGUCCGCUCUGCAUGGACUUGUUAUGUGAGGAGGUGUGCUUUACUCUGACCAGGAACAAAAAUUGGCACGCCCGAAAAAGGGGAAAGGCGAGCAAGCUGUGCGAAUAUGUGAAUUUGUCCUGUAACGUCUGCUCGUUAAUUUUUCUUUACGACUCCGUGUCGAGGUUGGCGGGCGGUCAAGGGGUCAUAGACACGCCGAUGGAGACACCCCAUGAUGUGGCGCACUCGGUAGAAGAUGGCAUUGACCCCCCAACUGAACAGAACGGAACGAGCGACGAACUAGUGUCUCCCGCGAGAGACGCCCCAAGCAGGCUAGGACAUAUACUAGGGACCCUCAAGUGCAGGGACUGUAACAAUGUGGACGAUAUAUGGCUUUGCCUUACGUGCGCAAAUAUUGGAUGUGGGAGGUACCAGAAGAGCCACGCGAAAUUUCAUAGCACCUUGUAUAAUCACCACUACUGCCUCAACCUCAGGACAAAGCAAGUGUGGAAUUACAUGCGAGAGGCUUUUAUUGAGGAGAGGGUGGAGGAUGAUCAGAGUGAGUUGGCGCUUGCCUGGCGUGGAGGCAGUGGUCCGACGGGCGGUGGGUUCGGCUGUAACACUUUCCAUGCGUGUGUUGAUGAGCCCCCCGCAGGGAGGGGUGACUUUCUGUACGACGACGCGUGCGAUGCGUACGAUAUGCAUGGCGUGCAUGACGCGUACGACGCGUACGACAGCAACAUAUACAACAAAAUAUACGACAUUUUCACGGACGACGCGUAUAUUAGUGAUGGGCUGAAGAACGAACUGCUCUACAGCCUGUACUCCCUGCUGUCGCACGAGUCAAACGUUUAUAACAGCAGCCUCGUGGAACUCCAGUGCAGCUACAUGAAUAGACUCGACAUGGAGAAUAAGAGCAUAAAAAGUAUUCGUGAUACGGCUAGCCAAAUUAAAAACCAAAACAGGAAAAUGGAAACCUUCCUCCAAAGGGUAGAGUCCUCCAUUAAGGUAAAGAAUAAUGAGAGGGCCCAACUGCAGCAGAAGAUCAACUUCCUUAGGGACCUCAACAAAAACAUGCUUUCGCAGAGGUGCGCAAAAAUGCGUGCGGGUAGAGCAGCCAAACAGACCACACAAGGCGGCGCCAUGCAUGACAACGAUGGUGACGGUGACGACGGCGACGACGACGACGAUAACGACUCCAGGAAGAUAAAGCGGCUGGACGAGACCAUCCGCGCGCUCCAGCAGCAGGUGGAUGACCUCAUGCGCGCGUUAUAG